GGAGAGCUUCCACUUCCAGGGCUUCCCGUGCGCCUAUGAGUAUGCAGUGAAAAUGACAGCAGUGGCAGAGGAGCCAUCAACAUCGUCGUAGAUUGCAAAAACGUUGACGCCAGAGCGACAGAGACGAGCCAAGGUUCCUGCCGCCCCCAAAAUCCGACCCACGCGAUUGGAUAAUCCGCACUGAUCCACGCAUCCAGACAUUAGAGCCCAAUCCCAGCCAGACAGGAUGUCCUAGUGAAGCCUCCCAGAGACAAAAAAAGACAGACGAUAAGCACGGGGUAGGCUGAGAGCGCUGAAGUCACGGAGCACCACAAUGGCCUCCGGCGAUGGCGACACCAUCAAUACCAUCGACAUGGACAGCUCCUCCACGUCCCAGGCCAAGCCAGCGGAUCCCAGCAAUGCCUCCACCGGCGACCAUGUGGGCAACGCAUCCCCCGACCUGGGCAACCGUCCGAAUCGUGCAGCCAACAAAGCGGACAAGGAGCGAAAAAUUGGUCACAGACGCGUCGGCGAAGGAGGCGAGAUUACGUACAAAAAGAUACAGACGUCUCAGAUCAUGGGCUCCAUUCAACUGGGCAUUCAGCAUACAGUCGGCAGCCUGGCCUCGAAGCCCAAGCGCGACCUGCUUAUGAUGGAUUUCUGGGAGAUCGAGAGUAUUACCUUUCCGCCAGAGGGAUCUAGCCUUACACCUGCCCACCACUACAGCGAGUUUAGAUACAAGAUCUAUGCGCCCAUCGCUUUUCGCUACUUUCGGGAUCUUUUUGGCAUCCAGCCAGAUGAUUUUAUGAUGUCCAUGUGCACGUCCCCGUUGAGGGAACUGUCCAAUCCUGGUGCUUCCGGCUCGAUUUUCUACCUGACGGACGACGACGAGUUCAUCAUCAAGACGGUGCAACACAAGGAGGGUGAAUUCUUACAGAAACUACUGCCUGGUUACUAUAUGAAUCUAAAUCAAAAUCCGCGCACGCUAUUGCCAAAAUUCUUCGGCUUGUACUGCCUGCAAACGAGCAACGCCAAAAACAUUCGUCUGGUGGUCAUGAACAACCUGCUGCCAUCGUCCGUGAAGAUGCAUCUGAAAUACGACCUGAAAGGCUCCACCUUCAAGCGAAAGGCGAACAAGGCUGAGCGGGCCAAAAAGUCCCCCACUUACAAGGACCUGGACUUUAUGGAGCAGCAUCCAAACGGCAUCUUCCUGGAGGCGGAGACCUAUUCGGCGCUGAUCAAGACCAUUCAACGGGAUUGCACGGUGCUGGAGUCCUUUAAGAUCAUGGACUACUCCCUGCUUCUGGGCGUCCACAAUCUGGACGUGGCUCUGAAGGAGAAGCAGAGCGAGCACCGGAAACCUGUGAGGGCGCCACUGGCCGAGGAUUCCGAUGUGGAUGUGGACGAUCCGUUGGAUGGACUGGAUGGCGAGGGCAAGGAUCGGGAUGCAGCCACGGGCAUUAGCCGGAACAAUGCGGCAUACAGGUCCGUGAACCGCCAGCGCCUGGUGGCCCACUCCACGGCCAUGGAGAGCAUCCAGGCGGAGAGCGAACCCAUCGACGACGAAGAGGAUGUGCCACCUGGCGGAAUCCCAGCGAGAAGUGAGAAGGGCGAACGCCUUUUGCUCUACAUCGGUAUCAUCGAUAUCCUGCAGUCCUACAGACUGAAGAAGAAACUGGAGCACACAUUCAAAAGCAUCAUACACGAUGGGGAAACCGUAUCGGUCUGCCGACCCUCGUUCUAUGCUCAAAGAUUCCAAAACUUUAUGGCCAAGACCGUGUUCCGAAAGAUACCCUCCCUGGAUCUCCCAGAGAUCAAAGGGAAUCACAGAAAAUUUCGUACCUUGGUAACCAGCUACAUAGCAUGCCUCUCAAUCUCACCGCUCAAGCAUUCGCCGUCGAAGAGAAAAAGCCUCUCCAAGGCCAUUCAGCGCUCCAUCGACAGCGAAAACGAGGCGGCCACAAGGCCGGUUCACGCCUCGCACUCGCACAGCAGCGGCAAGAUCCACCAGCCAACCAAGCCGCCCACCACAGAGCCAACGCCAUCAGCAGCGGGAGGAGGCAGCACUGCAGCUAGCGGGGCAGGAUCAGGUGGCGCUUCAGGUUCGGUCCACAAUGAGAGGGCACCACCGCCCGUUAAGCAGCGAACACCGGCGCCCAGCAAUCUCAAGGCGCGGGUGCCACCGCCCGUGCCACCACGUGGUUCACCUCGACGCAAAGAUGGCCAGGAUCGUUCAACUCCAGGCACAACGCCAUCAUGCAGCUCGACCCCGCCCCCCGCCUUUGACGACAUCUCCGAGGACAGCUCGAACAAGAACAGCACCUCUUCGAUGGGGCGUCGGUCCCACCACCAUCAGCACCACCACCACCACCAUUAUCAGCAGCACCAGCAGUCGCAGCAAUCGAGCUAUCUGGACCGCAAGAUGAACAUCGGACCCGCCUAUCGUGGCUCCUACAAGGAGGACAUUGUGAGCGUCUCCGAGGUGCACCUGGACACACUUUUGGCGGUGGACACGUCUUCGAGCAGCCAGUACGGUUCCCGCGGCGGCCUGGCCUGGACACCGCCCGCUUCAGGUGAGGGCUCCACUCCCACAUGGACAGAGGGCACACCCAGUUUUACGGACUCCAGUUCGAGUGGUGAUCUCGGUAAUUGGCACUUGAGAUUUGCUUUGAAAUCGCUUUUUGUGUUUCUAUAUCUAUCUGUAUAUGUGUAUUCGUUCACGCUUGCAAUCGUAGACAACUUCUCGCCCAUAAACUCAUCUAAAAUCGAUCGACACAAGCCGACGGUGGAAGAUGCCAUCAACUCUCUGUCCGCGGGAAUGGUAAAUAUCGGAGGUGGCAAGCUCUAGAUGCAAUCCCCAACAGAUACCCCCCUCAGCUACACAUCCCACCACCACAAUGUCAUAACUUAGUAGCUCAAAGAUAUGAACAUCGAUUUGCACUCAUACACACAUCCCUAGACUCUUUCAAAAUUGCGAAAACAAAAACCAUCUUCCGUUUGUGGGUGUUAACCGCUAACCCGACAUCCCAAUAGCAUCGCUCACUGACCCAUAACUUCUCUAUUGCAUUCUUAUAGAUCAACUAACAUAACAUGUGGUGGACCGGAACACAGACACACCAACCAAAACCAACAUACAUCAUGAUGUGGACAGGCCUCAUACUCGUACAUACUGAUAACUGCUUGCGUGUUCAGGCGCACUUGUAUAGCUAGGAUAUAAUCAAAAGGCGCCCUUCCCCCCACAUAUAUAGAAUCCGUUUUCGACCCAUCCCCAGUCCACGACCACGACCACACCCACACCUGCCCAUACCCUCCAGCGGACACCGGGUGAAAACUACUCAAGCAAGCAACUAUUCACAACAGAACAAAACUAAAAACAGGAAAAAAUGAUAUUAUACACACGCAUUAUGCUCCUCGUCAUAUCCAGAAAACUCACAAUCAGAACUCAAAAAGCAAAACAGUAAAUGGCAAAUCAAAUAUCUAAGAGCAAAAUGUCCAGAAAUGGCAAGAACCUGUUGGAGAUCCGAGAUCCAGAGUCCCGUAAUCCGUAAUCCGUAAUCCAUAAUCCGUUAUCCGUUAUUGGUAAUUCGUAAUUCCCCAGUAUAUGUACAUUAAGUGUACGGUGUAAAGAGUUCGUUAUGCGUUCGAUCAGAUAUAAUAUGGAAAUAUACAAUACACUAAAAUUAAUAAACGUUUUUGCGAUACUUUCGAUCUCCGAUAUAUCCAUAUAAGUACGUAUUAUGUAUACCUAUGUAUAAUCAGCAAUCGCGAUAUUACAAUAUUGUUGUAAAAUAUUUAAAUUUACAAGCCAGGAAAACCAAGAGCAAAAUUAUAUACAUAUUAUUCAUCUGUAUUUAUUAACAAUAAUUGUAACACGCUUAGGUUUACUCACGACAGAAACCGAACAGGACACAAAUCUGAUAUUAUAUUACGUAAAUAGGACGGACGGACGGACAGACUGAAAUAACCGGACUGUAGACAAAAUUUGACGCAUACAAGAUAAAAGAAUUGAUUAUUUAUUAAUUAGUUGAAUGUUAUUUAACUUAUAUGCAUUAUUCUAAAGAUUACUGAAAUCCAAUUGUAAUUACAAUAAAUUAAAUUGCAAGGUUGAAA